GCUCUGAGGCAUAUGUUUCAUUGUAUAUUAAACUCUCAGGCAUUAUUCAACAGAAUAUGCCGAAGGGUCGAAUAAACUAGAGUCCGUAUAUAAACUUGUUUAUAUAUAUGGACUAUGGAAUAGACAAUAGAAUAUGGCUAAGAGUUCAUUAUGCCUGUGUAGCGGUUAAGUGUGCUCCGAGCACAGAUAUUUAAUAUAUAGAUGCUAUUGAACAAUAUCCCCCCCAAUAUAUAUAAUUUUCUAAAUUUAAAUUUCACUUAAUGCAUAACAUUUGGAUUUUGUGUUGUGGAACUUUAACAGCUGACUAGCUGGCAAAAUGUGUAUGUGUAUACAUUUAUUGUUUCCUGUACCCCAUGUAAAACAAUGCCUGCAUUUAUAAACAAUGCUAACAGACUUUGCCUUGCCGUAAAAUGUUUAUAAUGUUCUUCUUGUGUAUAAUGCUUGUUCUUUAAGUUUUCCUUUGAAAGAAGAAAGAACUCUUCACUUAGUUUUCUCCUUUAUAAGCCAUGUGCUGUAUGAGCAGGCAGUGGGAGCGUGGAGAGAGGCAAUAGGAGACUGGAGAGACAUUCGGGGCCAGGGCAGGAGUCAGGACCUGUAAUGCUUGCUGCUCAGUGUUAUUUGUAUCGUGACGUCAUUGUCGUUUCUUCAUUGUAACUCUGUUUUGUCGAAUAAACUGAGUUUUGAACUUGGACAUUUAUCAAGUCGUACUGUGUUUUGACUUUAAUAGAGUUGGCUCAUUGCCCUCACUCAGGGCCCCUGAGAGUACAUGUUUUAGUAUCUACUUUGAUUACAAGUUGUUCUAUCAACUGUACUAAAUAAUUAAAUUCAUUGCAUAGUUUAUAACCGAGUAGAAUAUAAAUUGCACUGUAAAAGCUAUAUGUUGUGUUGCAUGUUAUUAUUUCAGGUAUAGACCAUGGUGUUCUAUUUCACAAGUAGAAUAUCCGGGGAGGAAUACGUAAUUUAUGUGGGUGAGGACAAGUAUGAGAAUGAAGACUUAAUCAAGUACGGUUGGCCUGAAGACGUCUGGUUUCAUGUGGAUAAAGUAUCAUCUGCUCAUGUGUAUUUACGAUUAAAGAAGGAUCAAACUAUUGAGGACAUUCCAGCUGAAGUGUUAUCUGACUGUGCACAGUUAGUGAAGGCGAAUAGUAUUCAAGGAAAUAAGAUGAACAAUGUACAGAUUGUGUAUACUCCGUGGUCUAACUUGAAAAAGACCGGUGAUAUGGCAGAUGGCCAGGUGGGAUUCUUUAAGCAGAAGGAAGUUAAAUUAACCCAUGUGGAGAAGCGAAUCAAUGAGACUGUAAACAGACUUAAUAAAACAAAGGUAGAGAAACAUCCAGACUUUAUGCAGGAGAAGGAAGAUCGAAUGAGGCUCGAGAGGAAUGAAUUAAAAAAGCUUCAAAGUGAACAACGUUUAAGGGAAAAAGAAGAAAUAAAAAGAAAAAGGGAAGAGAAAGAAUUACGCUCGUACACAACUUUGUUUGAUGUAAAUGAAAUGAAGAGUAACCAAGAUGGGAAUGACUCAGAUGAUUUUAUGUAAAUUUACGAACAUUUUGUCAGUACUACUGAAAUAAUAUAAAUAUUAAAUUUAUAAAUAUUUCUGUACUGCUAGUUUCAUGCAAUGUAUCUUACAAUUCUUUUAAACAAAUUGUUAAGGUAGUUUAAGUGUAUUUAUUGUUGAAAUUUUUUUGAACUGGAGCGGUGGAUAACAUUUUAUAAAAUGUCUGUUAGUUUCUCAACUGUCUGCAAUGUCUGCAGUAUUUCUCCUCAG